UAUUAGGCAAUUAGAUCCAGCAUGGGAUCAAGUCCUCGUGGAGUGAAGCUACACAGUGAGAUCCAAGUCAUUGCGUUGUUAUCGGAUUUGGAUGAUUUUUUCUUUUUUAUUGAACACAUCCGAACAUCUACUGGGACCAGUUUUUUCUUGACUAAUCGUUCUUCAAAAUUGCACUGCACCGGAUCAUAAAUGGUUCUUAUAGACGACGGCGUGGUAUGAGCAACAUGGACGGACCUCUUCCAUGAGCUCUGGUUGCCAACAAUGGCCGAGAUUCUCUGGGCCAGUCUGGUUACUCCGAACAUUUAGACGGAUCACAAAUGGUUCUUAUGGACGGCGGCUUGGUAUGAGCAACAUGGAUGGGCCUCUUCCAUGAGCUCUGGUUGCCAACAAUGGCUGAGAUGCUCUGGGCCAGUCUCGUUACUGCGAGCAUUUAGACGGAUCACAAAUGGUUCUUAUAGACGGCGGCUUGGUAUGAGCAACAUGGACGGGCCUCUUCCAUGAGCUCUGGUUGCCAACAAUGGCUGAGAUGCUCUGGGCCAGUCUGGUUACUGCGAGCAUGUAGACGCCACUCUGGUGUGUUUUCGAGUUCACUUGCAGCUUCGUCAUCUUCAAGCUCAUCCGCAGACUCCCCACUUGCCGAAACUUCUCAGGAACGGAUUUUUGGCUUCUUCAGCGGAACAAACGCCUCCCCAAAAUGCACGUCCAUGAGUCAGGCCCUUCAGAUUCACGCGCAGGUAAUAAAACGGGAAAUGGAGCACGACCCUCUAGCUGUGCGAGGGGUCCUGCUCUUCUCUUCCGUCUCUCCGUACGGAAGCCUGAGCUAUGCCCGCUCCGUUUUCGACCGGAUUCCUGAACCCGACGUGUUCGCCUGGAACACCAUGAUUCGCGGCUACGUGAAUGGCGACUUCCCGUCGGACGCCCUUUCGCUUUUCUCCUCCAUGCGCCGGUGCGUCUCGAUCGACCACUACACCUUUCCUUUCGUUAUCAAGGCGUGCGCUCGCCUGCUUCUUGUCCAGAAGGGCCAGGAGGUUCAUGGAUUGAGCUUGAAGCUUGGGUUGAGCUCGGAUGUCUUUGUGCAGAACACCCUCAUUCAUUUUUACGGUAGCUGCGGCGAGGUGGAGAUCGCGCGCCAAGUGUUCAACGAAAUGCCUCACAGGGAUGUGGUUUCUUGGUCGGCCGUCAUAGGCUGUUUCGUGAAUAAUGGCCUCUCGGAUGAAGCGCUUGAGCUGUUCCAGAGGAUGCAGGUGCAGGGCGUGAUGCCGGACGAGGUGACGAUGUUGAGCGUGAUCGCAGCCUGCGCGAGCUUGGGGGCGCUGGAAUUGGGGAAAUGGGUUCACUGCAUGCUGGUGAGGAAUGGGUUCGAGAUGAAUGUUUCCUUGGGGACAGCGUUGAUGGACAUGUACUCGAGAUGUGGGUUCGUUGAAGGGGCGGUCCAAGUGUUUGUUGAAAUGCCUAUGAGAAACGUCCUCACCUGGACCGCUCUGAUCAUGGGGUUGGCUAUUCAUGGCCACAGUCUUCAUGCGUUAGAUGCUUUUUCGAGAAUGAAGGAAGCUGGCGUUGGGCCGGAUGACGUAAGCUAUGUUGGUGCAUUGUCUGCGUGCAGUCAUGGAGGCCUUGUUCAGCGAGGGUGGGAGCUCUUCAACAGCAUCAAGGAGCCGACGGUCGAGCAUUACGGGUGUAUGGUUGAUCUUCUUGGACGAGCAGGCCUUCUUGACGAAGCAUAUAGAUUUAUUGAUCGGAUGCCAAUCAAGCCCAGCGCGAUCAUGUGGAGAACUCUUCUCGGAGCUUGCGCGAAUCACGGAAAUGUUUUGCUCGGUGAGGCCGUGUGCCGGAAAAUCGGAGAGCUUGAUCCGGACCAUGAUGGCGACUACGUGCUGCUAUCAAAUAUAUAUGGUGCCAUGGGACGCUGGAAUGAGAAGGCAGGCGUGCGCAGCUUGAUGAAGCAGAGGGGAAUUGGGAAGGAGCCGGGACGCAGCCUUAUUGAGAUCGGAUCUGCGGUUCACGAAUUCGUCGCCGGAGACACCAGCCAUCCCCAGUAUGAGGAGAUCAGUAAGAUGCUUGCAGUGAUGAUUGAACGCCUGAAAGCAACUGGGCAUUCGCCAAAAACAUCAGAUGUGCUAUUUGAUAUUGAAGAAGAAGAAAAGGAAACAAUUAUUGCAUACCACAGUGAGAAACUAGCAGUGGCCUUUGGAUUGCUGGCCACAGAAGAAGGCGCAACCAUAAGAGUUGCGAAGAACAUUCGGAUCUGCCGCGACUGCCAUUCUGUAAUGAAGCAUGUCUCGGAGAUAUUCGAGCGGGAAAUCAUCAUCAGGGAUCGUAACAGGUUCCACCAUUUCAGAAAAGGGUCGUGUUCUUGUGGAGACUAUUGGUGAAUGAAAGAUGUCGCGGUGAUUGUGUUUAGGAUCAGCAGCCGCAGCGAAUUCCUCUGUUGUUCGUGCCAUGGCUGAAUCUGGCAUGACCAACAUGGGCAGCAUGAUCAAUUGACGCGAAAACGUGGUGGAUGAAUUGGUCGAAAGCAGAGGCAGGUGGAAGCGGGACACCAUGGUCAAAAUUGUUCUUUGUUUAAUGGUGAGAAUUGUGGGUUUUCACUGGGAAGGAGCUCCAAUUCUGCAGGUCGUUCCGUUGAGCAGGGAGUGGCAGUGUUGCAGAAUUUAUCAUAGGAAAAGUGAAGGUCAUUUGGGCAGAGGAUAAGUACUUUUUGUCACAAAUUUGUACUGUAAAAUAUAUACAUGGUGCAUUUUUUACGAAAUAA